GACCCAUGGAUGGGAACAAGGCAGCAGGGGAAAGUCCCCAAUUGAGCAAGAGGAGAUGACUGUUCCAUCAGCGUUCCAAAAGCACGAACACGGGGACUUAUUGGGGGAAAAGUUGUUUUGCAAGAUUUCAAAGUGCCUGAUACACAUCUGGGAAGUCUCCGCUAUUCAAGAUCCAGUGCUAUUUCACACAAGGCUUGAGGAUUUUCUCUCUCUCUCUCUCUCUCUCUCUUUCGCUGAGAGGGAGGGGAAGGAGUGAGAGGAAAAGAGAGAAGUCAAACAACUGGCAGCAUACUUUGCAGUUGCUAUCAAUACUGAGUCAUUCUUAACAAGUUCCAACCAUUAGGACCAAAUGCAUCUACACAAAUACGGAGCAGGCUAAUGCCAGGACUCAGUAAGGGCGUCGCACAGCACUGUUACGAAAAAAACAAACAAAUGGGGUCUUCUUGGAUCAAGCACCUUACACAGGAGUUCACAGUGGAAAAGUGUUCUCUGAAGCCCAGAGAGCCACAUUUAAUUCUACAGUCACAGUGGAGGCUGCACCCGGUCAUCUGGUUGACGUAUCGCAUCUUGCUGGCCGCCUACACCCUGAUCUGGUGCAUCUGCAGUGGUGUGCAGACCAACCACCUCAAGUGGUGCAUCUUCCUCACCCACCUGACCUACAUCUUGCUCACCGCUUAUUUCAACUUAGCGUUGGUCAAUUUUAUUUGCUACGUGGCAUUCAGCCAAAAGAAGGAAGCACAGAUCGCCAAGGAAGCUUCGUCAGCAGAGAUCUCACUCUCCGGCCCAACUGCAGCCGUGGAACUGGAGGGUGGGAGCCCCAGUGUGAUGGUGAGGAAGGUUCAGUUUACAGCUCCGUCAGUGUUGUUGCCCAGCAUCAUUGUGCAGUGGGCUCUGCAGAACCUAACCUGCGUCACCAGCCUUUAUGUCACCGUGGCGUUCUGGAGCUUGAACUACACCCCGGGUGAGACGGGGCCCGACGGCGUUAACAUCAACAUGCACGCGAUGAACUCGGUGCUGGUGCUGCUGGAGCUGGGCAUGACCGCAGCACCCAUUCACCUGGCCCACUUCACUGGCGUCCUCCUCUACUGCAUGACCUACAUCCUCUUCACCCUGGUCUACUGGGCGAUGGGAGGCACCAACCUCAAAGGGCAGACCUUCAUCUACAAGUCACUGGACUACAGCGGUAACCCUGGCAUUGCCGCCGGGACUAUCGUUGGGACCAUCUGCCUCAUCAUGCCUCUCCUCCAGUUCUUGGUGUGGAAUCUCCAUAUCCUUAAGCGCCACAUGUACUUCAGGAUGGGAGCCGAGGAUGGCGACGUGCAGCAAUGUUAGCCCGGCUGUAGGUUGGCCUCCUCUCCAAACCUGCAACGUUGGGACCAAACCCAAAAUGGGAAGAGCUAGGACCAUUACCAAGCAUCAACGUGUGGAGACACGAGGAACUGCAGAUGCUGGAACCGUGAACAAAACACAAAAUCCUGGCAGCAUCUGGGGAGGGAAUGUACGGACGCUGUUUCUGGUUGGGACCCUUCUUCAGGCUGAUUCAACAUGCAGAAUAAAGCUUCAACCAUACUCUUUUUGGAGCACCCUCUUUUAUUCAACAUCAUUAGGUUACCUGCUUUGCAACAGUGUCUUCCCUUAACUGAGCAUGGGCAAAAAAGACCGACAAAAAAAAAAAGACAUAGGUGGGACUAGUGUAGAUGGGGAACGACACAAAG